AAGGAAAGGGGCGGGGCUCAGAGUCAGAGCUAUGGCUGGAUUGCCCAUUCCAAAGCAAUCAAAAUUAGUCUAUGAGAAGUAUCUUACAUCAAAGCACCUGCUACAAAAUCUAAGAAGUUACAACUUGGCAGCUGGUAAUAUUGAUUCAUUGAAACAUGUAGCAUCAAAUGAAGACAAUAAAGAGAAGGCAUUUGCUGCUUUAGUAAGAGGUGAAAGCAGUCGUCCACCUGUUGCCAAUGACCCAUCAUCAGUUAAUAGAAAAAGAAAGAGAAGGAGGCAUGGUCGUAAAGGAAAAUCUACUAAAAAUUUAGACUCUAAAGAAACCUCAUUUAAAGACGUCAGUAUUCCUCCUCCUCCUUCUCUCUGUCCUACUGCUUCCUCUCACCCUCUGUCACUGGUAGCUGAUUACAGUGACAGUGAUAAUAAUGAAGAGUUCGAAAUACCACAAGUUGUUAAAGAUAUGUACAAUAGUUCGGAUGCUGACGAUGAUGAAGGGUCUGGUGUUGCAUCCAUUCAGGAACCCCAGCUCUCAAAUUUGCCUCAUUUUGAUAGUGACUCAGACCCAGAGAGAUUAGUGUUCUUUGAAGCAAGCACUAGCAGUGACUCUGAGUCUACUGAAAACACAAAAAUAACCAAAACUGAAAUCAAAGCAAGCUCUGAGCUCUCAUCUUAUAACUGUGGUAGGUGUGGUAAAGCAGGUCACCUAACGCAACAUUGCACUGUUACUAAAAAAGCUGGGUCAUCAGAAAGACCAAAACUUAAAAUACCACCAAAACUAAGGAGACUAUAUUCUAUCUGUAGGGAGAUCAGACAGUCAAGUAGAGGCAGUUGUGCUGAGUGUGGCAUUCAUAGCAACCUUGUUCAUUGUCUAGAUUGUCGUUCUAUAUUUUGUGAUGGACGCGGUCACUUAUCUCGACACUUACUAUCUCAUCCAUCACACAAGACUCUGUACUCGUACAAACUGGAUAAACUAAUUAAAUGCUGUAAAGCUGACUGCAGUGUGGCUGAUGUGUAUCAGUUAUUAAUGUGUUCACAGUGUCUGUCAAAAUGUUUUUCUCUACAUUACUCAAUGGUGACAGCAACCUGGUCAUCAAAAGGUCUCAAGUCAAUAACUAAUGCUCUGUGCUGUAAUGAACAUUUCCAAUGGCACAGAAUGAACUGUAGCUCUACUGCUGAGGAAUAUCUCAUCUCUCAAUCACAACUGACAAACCCUACUGGACUAUUAUCAGAAUUCUUCUUUUAAAAAAAUAGUGUGAAUAUUGUAAUUAUAUAUAAGCUUGCAUGAAGUAAAAAAGUAAGAGAGAGAGAGAGAGAUACCAGCUGAGAGGAGGUACAAUGUGCAGUGGAGUACAUCAGGAAACGGAGGGGCCAGACCUGAUGUCCCAAUACACAGUGCAACUCAACCCAGCGGGCAGAGAACAUGGGAGAAUGGAUGGCCUGGGCCCAUUGACCAACCACUUCCCAUCCCUCACUCUACACUGAUAUGAACUAUCCUUUUAUAGAGUCCAUUAAAUUGUAAUUUAAACAGUCCAUUACAGACACGGAAUGAACUAUAAAGUGAUGCUAGUGUCUCUCACUCACAAUUACUAGAUUAUUCUUUAUAGUAUAAUUAUUCAUAA